AUGAGGGUCAGUGACCACGAGUUAGAGAUUGAAAGAGGCAGAUAUACCCACCCCAAAACAAAAAUUGAGGACAGAAAGUGUCCUCACUGUAAUGCAGUGGAAGAUGAAGCUCACUUUUUUCUUGAGUGUACUACUUAUAAUCUAGACAGAGAAACAUUAUUUGCUGCCUUACCAGAGAUUGAACAACGCAAAAACAGAGGAGAAUUGAAAGCCACCCGGCACCAUCGUCUUCAGUGCAGAUACGACUCCCCAAGACAUCAUUUGAGCUCUGAAAACUUGCUCUCUGCCACCAAGAUAUCGACAAGUGCCAAGCGUUGGAACACGCGUGCCAAGCUGAACAUGCCGGCUCAACGAGAGGUGCUCUUUUCGAUCAUCUUCUUCGUACUGCUGUUUGCUCAACAACUGACUUUAGCCGCCGACACAGAUACUAACGAAGAAUGUUCUAAGAAAUGUUCUGAUGACUUUGAUAGAAUUGAGUGUUUGAAGAUUUGUGUUUCUAACUCAAAUUCAACUGAGAACGACGAUGACGACGAAAAAAGAAGCGCGUUUUGGAGGAUAGGGCGUGGAGACGAUAAGAAAAGUGCAUUUUGGAGAAUUGGUCGAAGUGGCGAGGACAUGACCGAUAGUGACAAUGAAAGAAAAAAGGCUUUCUGGAGAAUAGGAAGAGACCCAAAUAAGAAAAGUGCCUUUUGGAGAAUUGGUCGAUCGGACAAUGAUAAUGACGAAUCCAAGAAAAGCGCUUUCUGGAGAAUCGGUCGAGCGGACCAAGAGUUCGCCCCGCAGAAGAAGAGCGCCUUCUGGAGAAUAGGCAGAUCUGAUCCGUUCGACAAGAGGGGCGCAUUUUGGAGAAUCGGCAAGAAAAGUGCGUUUUGGAGAAUUGGGAAAAAAGAGGACUAUGGAAGUGAACACGACGACGACGAUAAAAGAAGUGCCUUUUGGAGAAUUGGAAAACGAAAUGACGACAAAGACAUGAAAAAGAGUGCGUUUUGGAGAAUCGGACGCAGCGAGGCUAACUCUCACACUGACGAUGAAGAUAAGAAAAGCGCUUUCUGGCGAAUAGGUAAGAAAAACGGCCACCAUAUACAGAAACGUGAUACACCUUUUUGGCGCAUCGGUCGCUCAGUAAGCCCCAUUUCACCGGGUUUCUUUGAUGACAGUGACGAUUGGAGAGACGGCCUCGUCGUGGGUGACGACGAUGAUAAGCGCAGUACAUUUUGGCGGAUAGGAAAGAGGCCAAACACUUUUUGGCGUGUCGGCAGAUCAAAUGACAAACGGACUUUCUGGCGUAUUGGCAAACGUGACCCAUACGGUGAUGAGGACCCGACCAAGCGUCUGAACACAUUCUGGAGAGUUGGCAGGAGUUUCCCAGCUGACACCGAUCAUGACUUACAGAUUCGAAGUUUCUGGAGAAUUGGUUAGAAAUUGAUACAAAACAAAUUUUGCUUUGAUAUCGAAUUGUUUAUUACAUUUUACGCAAUGCCGCUUGGGUCAGAUUUGGCAUAUAGAAAAUCACUGUCAUGUAACCAAUUACGUUUAUUAUCGACUAAACCCUUUUGGUUUGCAAAGUGACCGGCGUUUGUGGACAAUAGACGUAUUCAUUGCUUAUAGAAUGAAACACGAUUUCCCUCUUUCGACGAUGAAAAUCUUGUUAUUUUCAUUUUUAAGAUGAAAGAAAACGAAAAGAUUUUUAUUAGACGAAUCCAUCGCACGACGCCAUUGCUAAUCCUAUAAAGUAUUAUGUCGUGAUGAUAAAUCUCUUUGCAAUUCUAGAUCUUUCGCGUUUACUUCAAAAUUCCUAGGGAAUGAAACUGGAAAAGAAUGAAUUCCAGCAUUGUCUUUAAGUUAGAAAACAAAAAACUUUUGUCGCAGCAUUAGUUACAAUUAGCACCACAUGAAGCGGUGUAAUAUUACUGUGUAAUCACUUUCUCUCUACUUCUCAAUUGUAUCAAUACAAAAACGCCUAUAGUGUAAAGGUAGUCGUUAAUAAUUUACGUUGAAUAUCGACACGACUGUGUUAUAUUGUAAAUUAUGUAGUAUGGCACUUGUAAAUCAAAAGACACUUUCUUGGAAGAAGAAAAUUCCAAGACACCAAAU